GUUUAAUGGCUGCAUUAGUGUGACGCAAACCUGACAACAACCUGGAUGCGCGGUUAAUAGUGUCAUCCACCGUGUCGAUGCUUUGCAACUCUGCAGCGGUAACUUGCGAAACAACCGGGUUAGCCGACUCGCUGGAGUAAAAUGGCAGACAAGGCGCCGAAACAGUCUGACGUCCCGUUCGCGACCAGGAUAAACCCGAGCAAGGAGGACCUGUCCCCGGAGCAGCUGCACUUCAUCAGGCAGGUCGAACUGGAGCAGUGGAAGAAGAAGACGCAGAAGCUGCGGACGCGAAACGUGCUUACCGGGUUCGCCAUUGGAGCCCUUGUGCUGGGCAUCUAUGGCUACACAUUUUACUCGGUCUCCCAGGAGCGCAUCAUGGACGAGAUGGACGAGGAGGCCAAGCGUGCUCGGGCACCGAAGACGGGCGCCAACUGAGGCGUCCAGGCCCUCCGUUAGGACGGCUACCAAGCAUUCUGUGCUCAUCUCAAAGACAGAAGACAGCUCUGGACUCCAUCUUUGGCAGGGACUUAAAUAAUUCUGUGCGCUUCGGCAGCCAUUUUGCUCAAGAUCUGAAGUGACCUUCCAUCGCAGACAAUGCAAAUUGACAGUCGCUAUAACACAAAAUGGUUGUAAAUCAACUGCAUUUAUAUUGAUAAAGUGUUAAGCAUAAUAAAAUUGAUUGUUUUUGUUUAAAAAAAAAACUCUGGGUUAAUUUUAAAACAUAUAUUUAUUGAGCUGGGAAAUCCAUUGUAGAUGACAAAUAUAAAAUAAGACCUUAAGUACAAUAGAGGGGAAAAGGCACAGAUGGCAGCAGCUUAUUGGAAACACUUAUUCUACAUUGCACAUUAUACAUUUUAUUUUAUAUAUCUCUGAAUAUAUUAUUUGAUACCUUUUUUUUUUCCAAUGUCCAGUGUGAAUGUUUUUUUUAAGGCACAUUGGCAGGUUGGACAUUCUCCUUUGUUUAGUUUUAUAAAUGAAUACCGUGUGACCGACAAAUGUUAAAUGAAAACGCUAAAGUGCAUGAGGUGCUUGAUUGAUCCAUCCUAAUAAACUAAUGUUUAUAUGUAA